CUUUUUCGCCUUUCGGCCUCUCAUACUCUCAAUAGUUAUUAUUUGAAAAAAAGUUUAAAGAAGAGAAGAAGGCAGAGAAAGAAGAACUAAUUAACAGCCACUACGUGAACCAGAUUUUCUCCAUCUCACUUGGACGGUGUGGUGUUUGAGACGCUGGGAGAGAGAAAGAGUGAUGGAGGAGAAGCUGAUAGCUCGGCUGGAGUCGGCGGUGACUCGGUUGGAGGCGCUUUCGACCGGGUUCGGUUCGGGAGGUGUACCUGCGAUAGACGUAGAAACGGUGUCGGAUCCGUCGAUUGUGGCGUUUGACGAUCUGAUUGGGCAGUAUUUGGGUAGGGUUUCGAGCGCUGCUGAGAAGAUUGGGGGACAGGUAUUGGAGGCCACUAAGAUACUGCAAGAAGCCUUUAAUGUUCAGAAGGAACUUCUCAUCAAGACCAAGCAAACUCAGAAACCUGAUGUUGCGGGAUUAGCUGAAUUCCUAAAGCCAUUGAAUGGAGUGAUCAUGAAAGCAAAUGCAUUGACAGAAGGAAGGCGAUCUGAUUUCUUCAACCACUUGAAGUCUGCUGCCGACAGUCUAUCAGCUUUGGCAUGGAUUGCAUAUACUGGCAAAGAGUGUGGUAUGAGCAUGCCUAUCGCACAUGUGGAAGAAAGUUGGCAGAUGGCUGAAUUUUACAACAACAAGAUUCUUGUAGAGUACAAAAGCAAAGACCCAAAUCAUGCUGAGUGGGCCAAAGCCAUUAAGGAACUAUAUUUACCGGGAUUGAGAGAUUAUGUUAAGAGUAACUAUCCUUUAGGCCCAGUUUGGAGUCCUACCGGAAAACCUGCUGCUGCUCCACCAACAACUCCUACACCAGGAGCCCCUGCCCCUCCACCUCCUCCACCAGCUUCGCUCUUCAGUUCAGAAUCUUCUCAGGCUUCAUCAUCACGCCCAAAAGAAGGAAUGGCUGCUGUUUUCCAAGAAAUUAGUUCAGGGAAGCCUGUGACAGCAGGUCUAAGAAAAGUCACAGAUGAUAUGAAGACAAAGAACCGUGAAGAUAGAGCUGGCGUUGUUGGUGCCAGUGAAAAAGGCCGUACAAGUACGUCUACUUUUUCUAAAUCUGGACCACCAAAGUUGGAGCUUCAAAUGGGUCGUAAGUGGGUUAUUGAGAAUCAAAUUGGAAAAAAGCAAUUGGUUAUUGAUGACUGUGAUGCAAAACAAUCUGUAUAUGUUUAUGGAUGCAAAGAUUCUGUCUUGCAAAUUCAAGGCAAAGUCAACAAUAUAACAGUUGAUAAGUGCACUAAGAUGGGAGUUGUAUUUACGGAUGUUGUGGCUGCUUGUGAGAUUGUAAAUUGCAAUGGAGUUGAGGUGCAAUGCCAGGGUUCGGCUCCAACAAUUUCAGUGGAUAAUACAGCAGGCUGCCAAUUAUAUCUAAGCAAAGAAUCUCUUGGGGCAUCUAUAACAACAGCUAAGUCAAGUGAGAUCAAUGUAUUGGUACCUGGUGCCGAGCCUGAUGGAGAUUGGGGGGAGCAUGCGUUGCCGCAGCAGUUCGUUCACGUGUUUAAAGAUGGCCACUUUGAAACUACUCCAGUCUCUCACUCCGGAGGUUGAUUGGAACUAUUUUUAAUUUCCAAUUUGGGAUCCUAUAUGUUAUUUUAUUCUUUGGGUGGAUUUGUGGCUUCUAUUUCUUGUUUCUUUGAUUCAAUUGUAGUUGGUAUACAGUUUUUAUACAUUGGUGAUCUGUUUGCUACGAUGUUGUUCGUUCAUUCGGUUGGCUUAUCACACCGUUAGAAAUGUCUGCAAUAAUCUUUUGCAAGGUUUAUUUC